CAUAAUAUAAAAUUCAACCCAACGAAUAUAUUUAGUAGAAUUCAAAAGUGUUCAAAUAUAUAUAUAACAGAUCUCAAAAGAUGUUUUACCAAUAUUAACGAGUUUAUUUAAAGAAUAAAUGUAUCUAUUUUCUGUAAAAUCUCACUUUUUUCCAACAAAGAGGAAUAAAAAUUUUCAAGAAAACUUUAUCUUUUUCUUUUUACAUUCACGUUAAAACAAGCAAAGUAAAAAAAUAGAGAAGCAACCGCAGUUUAUUGAACAAUAAUCCUCCUUCCGGCGUGGCAAUGACCUUACCACCGAUCACCGUUGACACAUUUUUCCAAAGGCGUGCCAUUCGAAGCGGAUUGGCAGACGGAGCAUAUCUCGAAACGGCGAAAGUGGUCGAUCGUCCGUAAAAUUCCCAUCAUAAUCUCGCAAUUUCAUAGUAAUCACCGUGAUAGAGGGCGGAAUAUAAACGAGGAGCGUCCUACGAGAUGCCAAACGAAAUUGAACCGCUGAUCCCGACGUUUCAUUUCCUUGGCCAGGUAACGAAAAAAUGGCAACACCUCAACUACUUAUGCUUCCUUCUGCUGAACCAAGCGACGAUGCACGGGGUAACUUCAAAACGCCUGCACCUGAAGAUCCUCGUGCCGGACGUGAUCAACCACCACACGCACACGAGGACGGUGCUCCUCCACGUCCACGUGCCAACCACUACGCCUAGGAGACCGAAAACCUACAAGAAGCACGAGUACAGCUCGAAUUGGAGCUCGUGGAGUCGCGGCCGCUACCGCAAUCACAGGGACGAGUACGGGGAGCACGAGCUCGAUCACGAGAAUUAUCACGACGAGAAAUCGGCGAGAGGUGGGCCGUUAAAGCCCAAAGACGCGGAUCAAAAACGGCGCAGGCAAAAGUACUUCCCUGCCUACGAUUACCGCAAAGAGUAUCCCUCGUCUUUCGACGCGGAGGGCAACGAUUUGGAGAAGGAGAAGGAGCGUGACAGUUACGCGGUGCACGAGGACGUGAACGACGUACCGCCAAAUACGGAGACGGUGUCGUAUAAUUACGAGGAAGGGUAUAGGAAGGGAGGGGAGGUGGAGAGCGGGCACAUUCGGGCGGAUCAGACGCACAAGUUCCACGAGGAUCAUCACGAGGAGCAAGGGGACGCGGAGAACGAUGGUUUCAAGGACGAGUUUGAAACGAAAACGGACGCUGGCAGGUAUUUGGUCGACGACGUGGAGUACGAGAACACUAGGGAUAAACGUCAUCAUGGUCGAAGAGGAAGAAAGAUUCGCAGGAGCGUAGAGGAGAACGUGGAAUAAGAUU